GUUAUACCCAUACUGCCCUGCUAAGCCAAACGCCAGUAUGUACAUUAUUAAGUAAUAAAGGAUAGAAGAUCAUUUUAAAUGUUAAUAAAUAAAAAUUAUCUUUUGCUCUUUAUUUCUUAAUAUUGUCGAUAUAGCACGGCAGCAUAUAGGUAUAAAAGCAAAAUUCCUGAACUUUAAUUUCAGUGUAAGUAGUGAUAAAGUGUCGACUACAUCAUGGCUAAAGAUAAUCUUACCGCUGUUUUAUACGGCAUCAAUGAUAUUAGACUAGAACAAAGGCCAAUCCCGGUGCCUAAAGAAAACCAGGUACUAUUGGCUAUGGAUGUUGUUGGAAUCUGCGGUUCAGAUGUCCAUUACCUUGUAAAUGGCAGAAUUGGCCCAUUCGUCGUCGAAAAACCUAUGGUUAUUGGACACGAAGCCGCAGGAACUGUGGUGCAAUGUGGAAAGGCAGUUAAACAUCUCAAAGUAGGGGACAAAGUAGCCAUUGAACCCGGCAUUUCUUGCCGCAUGUGCUCUUAUUGCAAAUCUGGUAGUUAUCAUCUUUGUCCGACUUUGACUUUCUGUGCUACUCCACCAGAUGAUGGUAACUUGGCCAGAUACUAUGUUCAUGACGCUGAUUUUUGUCAUAAAUUGCCAAGCAACAUGAACUUGGAAGAGGGCGCUCUUAUGGAACCCUUGUCCGUAGGAGUACAUGCCUGUAAAAGAGCAAAUGUCCAGAUAGGCUCAGUAUGUUUAGUAUUAGGAGCCGGUCCUAUUGGACUUGUUACUCUUCUUAGUGCCAAAGGAAUGGGUGCCUCUAAAGUCAUUAUCACAGAUAUUGUACAGCACAGAUUAGAUUUGGCAAAACAACUGGGUGCUGACCAGACCAUUCUUAUUGAGAAAGGCAUGACUGACGAUCAAAUUGUUGCAAAAGUUAAACAAUUAUUGGGAGAAGAGCCUACUAUAUCAUUUGAUUGCACUGGUCAAGAACAAUGCGUUAGGGUCGCUAUCUGCGCUACAAAAUCUGGCGGUGUUGUAGUUUUAAUUGGAAUGGGCAAAUUUGAAAUGACCAUCCCACUUGCUGGAGCUUUGAUUAGAGAGGUCGAUAUCAGAGGAGUUUUCAGAUAUUGCAACGACUACCCUACCGCUAUUGAAAUGGUAAAAACUGGAAGAGUUAAUGUAAAACCACUCGUUACUCACCACUUCAAAAUCGAGGAAACUGAAGCUGCUUUUGAAAUGGCAAAGAGUGGAAAGGGAAAUCCAGUUAAAAUUUUGAUUCAUGCCAAUCCAAACUGGACACCUUCCAAAUAAACAAUAUAUUAGUAGUUUUGGUAACUGUUAUUUAAAUAAAAAAAAUCAAAACUUAUAAAAGUAAAUUUAUUUUUUAUUUAAACUUAAAUGUGGUGUCCAAUUCAAAAAUUUAAAUUUGCUUACCUUGAGAGCUCCAGAGUGGUAAAAUACAGGACGCUGAAUAAAAUACACCAAAAUCAAUAAAACAACAAAUUUAUUAUAAAAACGAAAUUUUUUAACAAUGUUGUAAUUAUCAUAAAUAUAAAAGUUAGCUGUACAUAAUAUAUAUUUAUUUAUUCAUUUAUGAAGUAUACAAAACAAUACAAAUUUAAAAAAAAAAUUCUCCCAGUUACGGCAUUAAUUGUAUGAAAUGAAAUUGCAUGCAAUGCACCAUCCCCUAAAAAUGAUUUGAAAAUAUGUUGCAUUUAUUAUUAAAUAAAUACCC